UGUAGUUUCGAGGAAACUGUUAUGGAGGAAUCACUUUUCCUUUCAACAAUACAAUUCUCAAAAGGCAUUUAUUAAUGGCGUACGUACUCCUUUGAGCUUUGGCUCCACCAAUCCAAUUCAAUGGCUUCCACUUUGCACUUAUCCAACAGGAAUCAAAUUCCUUUCUUUCUUUCCUUAUCUCCUUUAAACAGCCCCAAAUUCCAUAUAUUCUCACUCAAAUAAAGUAAAAUGGGUAACAUUUUCAGUUCCACAUUUCGUAAAGAUAAUUCUAGUUCUUCUAGGAGUCCGACGAUUUCAUCCUCAAUAAGUGAUGAUUUUAGUUCAAUUCCGGUGAGGAAUUCGUCUUCCGAUUCGGAUUUUGGGAAGCCGAAGAAGGAUUCGAGUAAUUGCAGUAAAAAGGAAACGGAAAAUAUGAUGAAGGAUAAGAAGAAGAACAAGUAUUACUAUAUUCCGGAUAAUUUCAAAUCAAUUGAUCAGGUCACUGUAGCCCUGAGAGAAUCAGGUUUGGAGUCAUCAAAUUUGAUUAUUGGGAUUGAUUUCACGAAAAGUAACGAAUGGACAGGUAAAGUUUCGUUCAACAACAAGUGCUUGCAUGAAAUAGGGAACACAGUCAAUCCAUAUGAGAAAGCCAUAUCUAUCAUUGGAAAGACAUUGUCUCCGUUUGAUGAAGACAAUUUAAUUCCUUGUUUUGGGUUUGGUGAUGUGACCACGCAUGAUCAAGACGUGUUUAGUUUUCACACUGAUCACUCUCCUUGCCAUGGCUUUGAAGAAGUCCUAGCUUGCUACAAGAAAAUAGUUCCAAAUCUGCAAUUAUCUGGGCCAACGUCGUACGGGCCAGUAGUAGAUGCUGCAGUAGAUAUAGUGGAGAGAACUGGUGGACAAUACCAUGUUUUGGUUAUCAUUGCUGAUGGCCAGGUUACCAGGAGUGUCAAUACCAGUGAUUCGGAACUCAGCCCACAAGAAGAGAACACAAUUAAUUCUAUUGUUACUGCCAGCAUGUAUCCUCUCUCUAUUGUUCUUGUUGGAGUUGGUGAUGGACCUUGGGAAGACAUGCAAAAAUUUGAUGACCGUAUACCUGCUCGCGAGUUUGAUAAUUUUCAGUUUGUGAAUUUUACUGCUAUCAUGAAAAAACAUGCAACCGAUUCGGAAAAAGAAGCUGCAUUUGCUCUUGCUGCACUCAUGGAGAUCCCUAUCCAAUAUAAAGCAGCUAGAGAACUUGGUCUGCUUGGAAAAAGAACAGGUAAGGCGAAGAAGGUAGUUCCAAGGCCACCACCAAUUCCUUACCGUCGCCAUAUGGCAAUCCCAACUCGAGAUCAAAGUAGUCUUUCAGGAUCCCCGCAAAAUGAACAGAAUCAAGUUUGUCCAGUUUGUCUAACUAAUACUAAGGAUAUGGCUUUUGGUUGUGGACACAUGACUUGUAGAGAAUGUGGUCCAAAAGUGUCCGAUUGUCCCAUUUGUCGUCGACGAAUAACUAGUCGUAUCCGUUUAUACACUUGAAAUAGCAACCUCAAUGACUGGUGUAUAUAAAUAUGUGUAUAUUUCUCGAGUUUUAACUUUGUAUAUAUGUUGAUAAUGUUAAGAAUUUUUACAUUAUCACGUCACUUUUACUUAUUGUAGUAGGUUACCUUAAUUUUAAAAUUAGUGUAAAAACUUUUGUUCAUUGUUGGUAUAUAUAAGCUAAAACUCUAUUA